AUGACGGCCACAGUCAAUCGCGACAACGAUGCCAUUGCCCAGUCGGGCCUGGUUGAUCCCGAGAACAAAGGUCGCCCGUAUAAUCCUUCGAGAGGAUCCAUGGAUGCUCAUCUGCGCAAGGUGUCAUUGCAGCAUCACGACGUGAUGCUUGACGACGACGAGUACGAGGGUAAACCUACAGACGAGGAGAUGCAGACUCUCCGCCGCGUCUCCGGCAAGAUUAUGUGGAGCAUGUGGACGAUUGCCUUUGUCGAGCUUUGCGAACGUUUCUCGUACUACGGCUCCAUGGUGCUGUACACCAACUUCGUCAACAAACCUUUGCCAGCCGGUUCGACCACGGGCGCUCCUCUCGAUCACAAUGGCCAGCCUGGUGCUUUGGGUAUGGGCACCAAGGCUGCCCAGGGCAUCAGUCUUUUCAACCAGUUCUUUGCCUAUCUGAUGCCUCUUCUUGGUGCCUGGAUUGCCGAUGCCCGCAUGGGACGUUUCUGGACUUUGCACCUUGCCAUUGGCAUCUCUACUAUUGCUCACGCCAUUCUGGUUUCCGCAUCCGCCCCGAGUGUCAUUGUCAACAACAAAUCCUCCUUUGCUGCUUUCAUUGUUGGCUUAAUUUGUCUCUGCGUGGGUACCGGGUUUUUCAAGGCCAAUGUCUCACCACUGCUCGCCGAGCAGAAUGACGAUGUUCGACCCCGGAUCGAGGUUCGCAAGGGCGAGCGUGUCAUUGUCGAUCCUGCCGUCACCAAUACCAGGAUCUUUCUCUACUUCUAUCUGUGUAUCAACAUUGGCUCGCUCAGCGGCCAGAUUGGCAUGGUCUAUGUGGAGAAAUACGUCGGCUUCUGGCUCGCUUUCCUGAUUCCCACUGCCUUGUUCUUGCUGGCGCCCCUCGUUCUCUGGUCGCAGAAGAAGCGGUACAAGCUCAAGCCGCCCACCGGCUCGUUGCUCUCCAAGUUCAUCCGAAUGCUCAACUUUGCUCGCAAGCGCUCUGGCUUGAAGAGCUUCAGCUGGGAAGUUGCCAAGCCCUCCCGCGUCCCUAUUGACGAGCGACCUAGUUGGAUGACCUAUGAUGAUGCCUGGGUUGACGAGGUUCGCCGUGGUCUCAUGGCUUGCAAGGUCUUCCUCUUCCUGCCCAUCUUCUUCUUGUCUUACAACCAGAUGACUGCAAACCUGACCACCCAGGCCAGUACCAUGGAACGACACGGCGUGCCAAACGACAUCAUCCAGAACCUCAAUCCCAUUUCCAUUGUCAUCAUGAUACCCCUCGUCGACCACCUUCUGUAUCCCGGCCUCCGCAAGCUCGGCCUCGCCUUCACCCCCAUCAAGCGCAUGACGACUGGUUUCCUCAUUGCCUCUCUGUCCAUGGUGGCCUCUGCUGUCAUGCAGUACUACAUCUACAAGAUGAGCCCCUGCGGCUGGCACGCAAACACCGAAGACUGUCCUCCAGCACCCAUCAACGUUUGGGCCCAGAGUCUGCCUUACAUCUUCAUCGGUAUUGCCGAGAUUUUCGCCAAUGUCACAUCUUACGAAUACGCCUUCUCAAAGGCGCCCGAGAACAUGAAGUCCCUCGUCAUGAGUAUCAACUUGUUCAUGAGCGCCGUGUCCGCGGCCAUUGGUCAGGCCUUUGUUCCACUAUCCGGGGACCCUCUGCUGGUCUGGAACUACACUGUCAUUGCCGUCAUCGCCGUCAUUGGCGGCAUCGUCUUUUGGUUCUGCUUCCGCCACCUCGACUCCGAAGAAGACAAGUGGAAUAUGCUCAAGAAGUCCGAGUUUAUCGGCAAGCAACAGCCUGGUGUUGGCAAGGCCCAUGAAGAUGGAGAAGCGGCAUAG